GACAGAAUAGGCAAGUAUUUGGACCAGCUCUUAUCUACCAGAGGCUGAAAGACACUGCCGUCCAGUCGUUCGCAUGCUCUCUAUUUAACAUGAACCACCCAAACUACCGGCAUCCGGCACUGUCCACGAUGGAAGAGGGGGAGUCUCGAGAAAUUGCGUCUUGGCUGCCUCUUACGGUCUAGCGUCCUCCGGCAUCCGCUCCGCCCGGUUCCGGCCAUGGGCCAUUACAAGGAGCGCUGAGCCCAGCAACGUACGCACUACAACUCCCCUCCUGGGCCAUCAGACACACUUUAUUACUUACCUUUACUAGGAAACUUGCUCAUCAAUCGUUCGACUGAUGAGUAUGCGCCCCCUGUUGGUCAAUAAUUGUGGUUUCUGGCCCCUUGCUGCCGAAUCCGCUGGCCCCUAGGCGAUUGCUUGCUUGAUGCUUAUACGCCGACCCCUUGCUUGCUUCGGUCGUCUGGAUCCCCUCAGUUGCUUCUGUCCUUUCCCAUCCCUCUACAGCGCCCCAUGGCUCCCGGAGGCAGUAAAAAGGGCAAAAACGUACGAUCCGGACCCGUUGCCGACAAGCCGUGCCACAACUGUCGCCGGCGACGGCUUCGCUGUGACCGUCUGGUCCCACACUGCGCCAAGUGCGAGGCCAAGGGAGUCGAGUGCCUUGGGUACGGGCAGCUCUUUCAGUGGACGGGCGCCGUUGCGUCUCGGGGUAAGCUCGCCGGCCAGCAGUCGAGCGCCGCCCUGUAUACCCCGGUGAGGGGUGCGGCAGCCCGCUCGAGAGCCUCAAUAUCUUCCGUCUCGUCCAUCUCCUCUGCCUCUCCUGCGUCUUCAUCUGCCUCCUCCGCCUCGUCGUCCGCCGCCUCGCCGUCCAUCCCGCCGUCAUCGCCGGCUGCCUACGUUGCUCCGAGUCUUCCUGAAGUCAGAGAGGUUGAGGAGCUGACUUCAGACAACUCGGACACGCCAGAUGUCGAGUCCGAGUUUGACUUUUCUCAUGACCAUGCAACCCCCGUAGCGAGCUGUGACACACAGCUCGUCUGUACCACGAAUGCCCUGGCUUCGGAGGCGUCGACGUCGACGCCUUGGGUGCUUGUCGAUCCGCUCUACCAAGACAUCACGAGCAACCACAGGCAGUAUCUCGCUUAUUUCGAUGCGCGGCUCAGUCGAGACUUUGUAGCCUACGACGUGCCCGACAACCCGUUUCGAAACCUCCUCAAAUUCACUCAGGCCCACCCUCUCCUCCGUCAAGUCAUCAUCGCCGCCUCGGCGACGCACAUGUACAACCGCUCUCGGCCCUGGCUGGCCCCGGACUCUCUCGACAGGGGCUUGGGUCCCAGGAACCUCCUCAUGGACGCCCUUGAAGCCAAGCACCAGGUGUUGCGCAUGCUGCCGUCGGCCCUGCAGAGCAUCGAGUCCAUCGGAGGGGACAUUGUGCUCGCCGCCAUCUUGUUCCUCAUUAACGUUGAGCUGAUCGAGUCUGGCAAGCACAACUGGAAGGCUCACUUUGACGGUGCUGGGAGGAUCAUGAAACUGCUGGGACCAGUAUCGGAUGUUGACGAGAGUCUGAGAGAUUAUAUCGUGUCCGACUGCUUCAUCUACUAUAUCCUAGAGUCCACAUUCCGGCCAACGCCAACGGACUCACACUCGUACUUUCAGUCAUGUCAGGCGUUGGACAUUCUUGGAAAGACGACUAACAGUUACUACUGCUGUCCACCUCAGCUCCUCGAAAUCAUGCUGAUAGCUUCUCGACUCUCUAAUACGAGACACGACGAUCUUGUCUCGGCUGAUAUGGUGACGGCGGCUGGAGCAGCCCUUUUGGAUCGAGCUCAGAACUUUGACGUGCUCCCCUGGGCACGACAAGUCAACAACAUCCCCUCUACCGAGCCGGAUCCAGUCUUGAGUCGAUUCCGAGUAGCGUCAGCUCAUCGCCUGGCAGUGUGCCUUUACAUCCUCCACGCAAUACCGUCCAUGCAAGCCUGGGUUGGCGAAGAACUAGCCGACACCAUCUUUGACGAGCUCCAUCAGACGCUGGGUACGAUACCCGACGACGAUACCAACUUUAAAGCCACGACGUGGGUGACUUUUGUGUUUGGAGCGUGCGCCAAGACGCCCGAGAUGAAGGAAUGGGUCACGGUUCAGAUCAAGAAGUUGAUGCUCGAGUCUCCUUGGGGAUUCCUCUACGCGGCGAGGGAUGCCUUACAGAUGCUAUGGGGAGUUCAGGCUGAUGGUACACAGACGAAGAGCUGGGUCCAGACGUUGAGGGAUCUCCACAUGGAUUUCUUGAUUGUCUGAUCAUAUGGCUUGGUGAAGGCUAUUGGGGAUGAUCUGUCUUGUGAGCAUUGAAACUCACUUUGCAAGCAAUUUGCCACCUUCUAUUGGUGGUUAACGACGUUAUUAUACCCUGGCGAUGGAUUGGCGUGGGUAAGGUUUGGAGGAGUACGGUUUUGCCUUGAUCGGUCUUGGGAGCUUGAUUUGAGGAAUGGCUAUGAGUUGCAUUCUUGAGAAUGCAUGGUUAACCAAGUGUACAAUAAGUUGAACGAAUAAUGAAACUACUUGAACAAUGC